GCAUAAUAUCCAUAGUAUCGGGCUCAAACUAAUCUGCGCUGCUAUAGCUUCAUCAACGGGGCCGCACUCCACGGAAUGGAGCCAGAAUCAGCCAGCAAAUUCACCGACACGAACCGACUAGAAUUCCUCCAAAAGGCACUCGACAACGCAUCCCUGCUCAUUGGAACCCAAUUCGAGUCCGAUUACUUCCGGCGGCGACUUCGGUAUACACUAGAUUACAAAGGCGUCCCAACCUAUCAGGCAAUCAGCUUCAUACUAAAAGCAAUCCCUGCAGCGCACCAGUAUCUCCAAUGCGGAGAAUCCGUCACCGCUCUGCACCAAGCAGCCCAGAUGUUCGACGAAGCAGGUUGCGCUGACGCUGCAAGGGACGUGCGCCGGGAGCAGAAGAGGAUCGCGCAGCUUACGCAGAUCAUCCUUCCUGAGCCGACUGAUAAUAAUUCCGCCGCAGGGUUUGCGCCGAGCACGAGUGGUAACCCUAUUGACGGCAGGACUGCUGGGACUGGGGGCUUGGAUUUUCCUACUUUUCUGGAUACCGCUACUUGGGACGAGCCUUUCCCAAUCCUUGAUUUGUUUAUGUUUGACUAGCACUGUCUCGAAACUGAGAGGAAAUUGAUACCAAUUAGACUUUUGAGACAGUGAAAAGAAUAGGUAAUAUAUUAAAUGAAUGACCGCCUUGUUCGCUCAUUCUCUUCCAUUUACUCUUUUAUGCUAUAGUUCCUUUUAAGCACCCCGGAAAUGGAAUGGAACAUCGGAACCCAUCGGAAACCCUGUCUCUCCCUCUCUCUCUCCAGUUGGGAUUCGAACCCCAAACUACGAGCUUCUGAACACCCCGCAUCCCACACAUUUAACGAUCCCGCACAAUUAUCUUCUCCAUGUGGACCAGCCCAAUUUUUAUGGCAUCCAUGCCACCCAAUUGAACCCUGACCGUUCUUGCAACGCGACUCCGACUGCUCCACAGCUCAUCCAUACUCUUCCUGGUCGAGGACUGAACACCACUAUUGGCUGCAGGACC